AUGUCAGAGCGCUCUGGGCAAACUGCAAAGGGGAAGGAUGGCAAAUCGAAGUAUGCAUCUCUCAACCUGUUUGAUACCUACAAAGGAAAGAGCCUUGAAGCACAAAAGCCUGUUGGUGAGUUUCUCGUUUCCAUUGUCCAAGUAUUGUGUGUGUGGAUAGUGCAAAGCCUCCCUUUUUAAAAGUAUAGCAAUGUCAGGUGUUGACGUGAGGUGAUUGGAUCAUCGUGUUCUUAUCAUAGUUGAUUGGAUUUGUUGAUACAAGUUAUAAUAAACAAGUCAUAUUAUGCAAUAAUUUUGUCAACAUAAGAUAUAUGGGCCGACUUGGUUGUGUAUGCACAUCAUGCACAAACUCCUGAGUGGCGCAGUGGUCUAAGGCACUGCAUCGCAGUGCUAACUGUGCCACUUGAGAUCCUGGUUCGAAUCCAGGCUCUGUCGCAGCCGGCCGCGACCGGGAGACUCAUGGGCGGCGCACAAUUGACCCAGCGUCGUCCAGGGUAGGGGAGGGAAUGGCCGGCAGGGAUGUAGCUCAGUUGAUAGAGCAUGGCGUUUGCAACGCCAGGGUUGUGGGUUCGAUUCCCACAGGGGGCCAGUAUAAAAAAAUAUAUAUAUAUUCACUAACUGUAAGUCGCUCUGGAUAAGAGCGUCUGCUAAAUGACUAAAAUGUAAAUGUAAAAAUGUAGUCCACAUUUUAGCACGUUGCAUCAAAUACAUGCUUCACGAGAACUGGAGUUACUCAUGUAAAUCCUGUGUUGGCUUUGGCCCCAUUACAUAUGAAUGCCUACAUAAUUUUUCCCCCUUGAUCACUUAAACUGAUUCAAAGAAAACGGAUUCUUGAGACAUCUGUGGCAUUGUGUUGUGUGACAACUGCACAUUUUAGUGGCCUUUUAUUGUUCCCAGCACAAGUUGCACCUGUGUAAUGAUCAUGCUGUUUAACCCUAAGGUCGAUGUCCACGCCCCUUGGAAAUCGAAUUAGCAUAAUGUAAAAAAUCCCAUAAAUAUCCAUCCGUUUAAGCUAGAGAUAUAUUUUUUGCGUUGGCUGCGUAACAAUCCUCCACAACCGCCUAUUAAAAAGUUUAUGCCAGUAUAUAUGGAGACAGUUUAGUGCCAAAAAUAAGGGGUUAAAUACAUCAACAACAAUAAAAAGUUUCUCAUAUAUAGGACAGACACUUCAGAACAAAUUUCUGUUUGAUUUGUUUUGGGACUAUCUGUUAUUCCAUGUAGUGAAUCUGUUAUUCAGUGCAUUUGUAUGGGCUAAUAGCAGUUGGCCCAAAACAUUUCUUUCAUCAAAUAAUUGUUAUAUUUUUUUAUACUUCAAGGGGUCUUAAAAUUCAAAAUCAAAUAGCAAAAUGAUCCUUGGUAUCACCUUAAAACAAUUCCAUAUAAAGUGCAUACGGAACGCAUGCAGACCCCUUUACUUUUUUCACAUUAUGUUACGUUCCAGCCUUAUUCUAAAAUGUAUUAAAUAGUUUUUUCCCCCUCAUCAAUCUACACACAAUACCCCAUAAUGGGAAAGCAAAAACUGUUAUUUCGAUUUUUUAGCAAAUUUAUUAAAAAAAAAACAACAACAUUACAUUUACAUAAGUAUUCAGACCCUUACUCAGUACUUUGUUGAAGCACCUUUGCAGCGAUUACAGCCUAGAGUCUUCUUGGGUAUGACGCUAGAAGCUUGGCACACCUGUAUUUGGGGAGUUUCUCCCAUUCUUCUCUGCAGAUCCUCUCAAGCUCUGUCAGGUUGGAUGGGGAGCGUCGGUGCACAGCUAUUAUCAGGUCUCUCCAGAGAUGUUCGAUUGGGUUCAAGUCCGGGCUCUGGCUGGGUCACUCAAGGACAUUCAGAGACUUGUCCUGAAGCCACUCCUGCGUUAUCUUGGCAGUGUGCUUAGGGUCGUUGUCCUGUUGGAAGGUGACCCUUCGCCCCAGUCUGAGGUCUGGAGCAGGUUUUCAUCAAGGAUCUCUCUGUACUUUGCGCCGUUCAUCUAUCCCUCGAUCCUGUCUCCCAGUCCCUGCCGCUGAAAAACAUCCCCACAGCAUGAUGCUGCCACCACCAUGCUUCACCGUAGGGAUGGUGCCAGGUUUCCUCUAGACGUGACGCUUGGCAUUCAGGCCAAAGAGUUCAAUCUUGGUUUCAUCAGACCAGAUAAUCUUAUUUCUCAUGGUCUGAGAGUCCUUUAGGUGCCUUUUGGCAAACUCCAAGCGGCUGUCAUGUGCAUUUUACUGAAGAGUGGCUUCCGUCUGGCCACUACCUUAAAGGCCUGAUUUGGUAAAGUGCUGCAGAGAUGGUUGUCCUUCUGGAAGGUUCUCCCAUCUCCACAGAGGAACUCUGGAGCUCUGUCAGAGUGACCAUCGGGUUCUUGGUUACCUCCCUGACCAAGGCCCUUCUCCCCCGAUUGCUCAAUUUGGCCAGGCUCUAGGAAAAGUCUUAAGAAUGAUGGAAGGCCACUGUGUGCUUUUGGUAACCUUCCCCAGAUCUGUGCCUCAACACAAUCAUGUCUCAGAGCUCUACGGACAAUUCCUUCGACCUCAUGGCUUGGGACCUUUAUAUAGACAGGUGUGCCUUUCCAAAUAAUGUUCAAUCAAUUGAAUUUACCACAGGUGGACUCCAAUCAAGUUGUAGAAACAUCAAGGAUGAUCAAUGAAAGCAGGAUGCACCUGAGCUCAAUUUCGAGUCUCAUAGCAAAGGGUCUGAAUACUUAUGUAAAUAAGGUAUUUCUGUUUGUUUUAUUAUUAUUAUACAUUUGCCAAAAUUUUCUAACAACCACUUUUCGCUUUGUCAUUAUGGAGUAUUGUGUGUAGAUUGAGGAACAUUUUGUAUUUAAUCAAUUUUAUAAUAAGGCUGUAAUGUGACAAAAUGUGGAAAAGUCAAGGGGUCUGAAUACUUUCCGAAUGCACUGUAGCUUAGUAGAACCCCUCCCCCGGCUUAGACUCUUAUGGGUUAAUCCGUUUCUUGAUAUGCCACACCUGUCAGGUGGAUGGAUUAUCUUGGCAAAGGAGAAAUGCUCACUAACAGGGAUGUAAACCAAUUUUGUGCGUAUGAAACAUUUUCGGGAUCUUUUUUUUCAGCUCAUGAAACAUGGGACCAACACUUUACAUGUUGCGUUUAUAUUUUUGUUUAGGGUAUUCUGUUAUAUAGUUAACAGUGAUAAAUUCAAUUCAAUAUGUGUUGUAUUGAGUAAAAGUGUGAAUAUCAGUAACCGUUUUUUGUGUAGCACAUGCGCAUAAUGUUUAGAAAACGGGAACAAGGCCACUGAAUUGUUCCCUUGUGGUAUCGCGAUGCUACUCGUGAUCGUGAUACUUGGCCUGGUAUUGUAUCGUUAGUAAAAUGUUGAUAUCGUGACAACACUAAUGUGUUGUGCAAUUUUUGUGAAACCAGAUGAGACACUUAGCCUAUAGCUGUGUCCUCAGCUGGAAUCUGCUGCCCUGUUGCACUGAAACAUACCAAGCAUUCAGAGUGUUAUACAUGACUGUGUCAUUAAAAGACAGAACUCCAAUACAUGGUGAGAAGCCAUAUAGAAUAUUGCAUGGCAUUGUUUUGCCUUGGGGCAGUCGAUUGCACUGAUUGCUAAAAGGUGUCUCUAGAAUGAUUUCAUCAUUUGAUGAGUCUGAGGAAAAGGUUAACAUUAGUUAACGGAAUAUUCCAAAAUUCCUCCCUGAAAAGCAAAAUUAGAGUGAAUGGGAAGCGAUUGACUAACCUUGUAUCAACUGUGGUCGCUGGGUGCAGGCCCCGUGGUCUAGGCAUAUGCAAACUAAAUUAUAAUGUAAAAAAUGUUUUGUGUCACACACCUGUGCAGUGAAAUUUGGUAUUUUACAGGGUCAGCCAAAGUAGUACGGCACCCUUGGAGCAAAUUAGGGUUAAGUGCCUUGCUCAAGGGCAUAUCGACAGAUUUUUCACCUUGUCGGCUCGGGUAAUUUAACCAGCGACCUUUGGGUUACUGGCCCAACACUCUAACCACUAGGCUACCUGCCGCCUUAACAGGGUUUAAUUCCUGUGUCCUCCUUUCCCACUUAGCUCUCCCUCCUCCUAAUACGCUACUUGACCAAUAGUAUGUGGACACCUGAACAUCUCAUUCCAAAGUCAUGGGCAUUAAUAUGGAGUUGGUCCCCCCUUUGCUGCUAUAACAUCCUCCACUCUUCUGGGAAGCCUUUCCACUAGAUGUGGGAAAAUUGCUGCUGGGACUUGCUUCCAUUCAGCCACGAGUAUUAGUGAGGUCGGGCACUGAUGUUGGGUGAUUAGGCCUGGCUCGCAGUCUACAUUCCAAUUCAUCCCAAAGGUGUUCGAUGGGGUUGAGGUCAGGGCUCUGUGCAGGCCAGUCAAGUUCUUCCACACCGAUCUCGACAAACCAUUUCUGUAUGGACCUUGCGUUGUGCACGGGGGCACUGUCAUGCUGAAACAGCAAAGGGCCUUCCCCAAACUGUUGCCACAAAGUUGGAAGCACAGAAUUGUCUAGAAUCUCAUUGUAUGCUGUAGCGUUAAGAUUUCCUUUCACUGGAACUAAGGGGCCUAGCCCAAAACAUGAAAAACAGCCCCAGACCAUUAUUCCUCCUCCACCAAACUUUACAGUUGGCACUAUGUAUUCAGGCAGGUAGCGUUCUCCUGGCAUCCGCCAAACCCAGAUUUGUCCGUCGGUCUGCCAGAUGGUGAAGCGUGAUUCAUCACUCCAGAGAAAGCAUUUCCACUGCUCCAGAGUCCAAUGGCGGCGAGCUUUACACCACUCCAGAUGACGCUUGGCAUUGUGCAUAAUAUGCCAUUUGGCAGACGCUUUUAUCCAAAGCGACUUACAGUCAUGUGUGGAUAAAUUUUUACGUAUGGGUGGUCCCGGGGAUCGAACCCACUACCCUGGCGUUACAAGCGCCAUGCUCUACCAAUUGAGCUACAGAGGACCACGGUGAUCUUAGGCUGCUCGGCCAACUAAACCCAUUUUAUGAAGCUCAAGACGAACAGUUCUUGUGCUGGCGGUGCUUCCAGAGGCAGUUUGGAACUUGGUAGUGAGUGGUGCAACCGAGGACAGACGAUUUUUACGCGCUUCAGUACUCGGCGGUCCCGUUCUGUGAGCUUGUGUGGCUUACCACUUCGCUGCUGAGCCGUUGUUGCUCCUAGACAUUUCCACUUCACAAUAACAGCACUUACAGUUGACCGGGGCAACUCUAGCAGGGCAGAAAUUUGACGAACUGACUUGUUGGAAAGGUGCCAUCCUAUGAUGGUGCCACGUUGAAAGUCACUGAGCUCUUCAGUAAGGCCAUUCUACUGCCAAUGUUUGGCAAUGGAGAUUGCAUGGCUGUGUGCUCGAUUUUAUACACCUGUCAGCAACGGGUGUGGCUGAAAUAGCCGAUUCCACUAAUUUGAAUGGGUCUCCACAUACUUUUGUACAUACAGUGCAUUCGGAAAGUAUUUAGACCCCUUAUUCUAAAAUGGAGUAUAACAAAAUCCUCUUCGAUCUACACACAAUACCCCAUAAUGACAAAGUGAAAACAGUUUGUUAGACAUUUUCAGAUGUAUUUAAAAUAAAAAUGAAAUACCUUAUUUACAUAAGUAUUCAGACCUUUUGCUACUCGAAAUUAAGCUCAGGUGCAUCCUGUUUCCAUUGAUCAUCCUUGAGAUGUUUCUACAACUUGAUUGGAGUCCACCUGUUGACAUGAUUGUGUUGAGGCACAGAUCUGCGGAAGGGUAGCAAAACAUUUCUGCAGCUUUGAAGGUCCCCAAGAACACAGUGGCUUCCAUCUUAAAAUGAAGAAGUUUGGAAUCACCAAAGCUGUGUUCGAAUACCCAUACUAACAUACUGUAUACUACAUACUAUAUACUAUUAGUUCAUUUUAGUAUACCGUAAACGAACGGUAUCCUUUCAGUUGAGCAUACUAGCACUUCGCCUGUCUACCGGAAGUUGAUGCUGUUGCUAUGCAACCUCUUGCUAGCUUGUUAGCAUAACAAAUUACUAGCUAGACAUCUUACAAUUUUGGGUGUGUUCGUAAAUUCAAUCUGGAGUACCAAAGUGCACUCACCGAAAGGACUCUGACCAUGAGAACCAAGAUUCUCUGGUCUGAUGAAACCAAGAUUAAACUCUUUGGCCUGAAUGCCAAGCGUCAUGUCUGGAGGAAACCUGGCAACAUCCCUACGGUGAAGCAUGGUGGUGGCAGCAUCAUUCUGUGUGGAUGUUUUCCUGCGGCAGGGACUGGGAGACUAGUCAGGAUUGAGGGAAAGAUGACCGGAGCAAAGUACAGAAAGAUCCUUGAUGAAAACCUGCUCCAGAGCACUCAGGACAUCAGACUGGGGUGAAGGUUCCCCUUCCAACAGGACAACAACCCUAAGCACACAGCCAAGACAACGCAGGAGGGGCUUCGGGACAAGUCUCUGGAUGUCCUUGAGUGGCCCAGCCAGAGCCCGGACUUGAGAGGAUUUGCAGAGAAGAAUGGUUGAAACUCCCCAAAUACAGGUGUGCCAAGCUUGUAGCGUCAUACCCAAGAAGACUCCAGGCUGUAAAUGCUGCCAAAGAUGCUAAAACAAAGUACUGAGUAAAGCGUCUGAAUACUUAUGUAAAUGUGAUAUUUCAGUAUUUUUUAAAAAUUAUUAUAAAUUUGCAAAUUAAUAUUUGGUAGACUCACUUUUUACAGAGGGUGCCCCAUGUAAAAUGGCGGAUGCCUUUCCAACGUUGCUUGAGCACAAUACUUUUUUUCUACUGGCCUCGAGCAAAUAAAAACUAAAAUCUUCUAUGCAGUUGAAGGCAACUGUUGUAACGCGUUUGCUACAUAUUAGGGAUGGGCGCGGUUAUUUGAAUAUCCGAAUGGACGUUAGUAUUCUAUUACUUGGGAGAGUAUUCACAAUUAUUUUUUUGACAUUGCUACAUAGCCUACAAGAAUAAACCAUUACAUUUGACAUUUUAAUACGUUUUAUGACAGUUUUUGUGAAUGCGCCCCAUUAAAAAAGACUCACUGGUAGCCUACACGUGUAGCUUAAUGUCAAUGUCGGUAAAUCAAAGCAGCGCUACAGUCAAAGGCUCCAUGUGUAGCAAGUGAAGUGGGAGAUUUCUAAUCAAUGCAAAAUGGAAUUAAAAUUAGGGAAUUAAGUUGGUUAAGUGAGGAGUAGGCUAGUGUUUCAUAUGAAUGAAGUUGUUGUAGACAUUGGACGGGGAGUGCAACAAAAUAUCCUCAAUUAGCCUCGCUACUUUAGCUAGCUAGCUGGCUAACUUGGCUAGCUAGCUAGCAUCUUUACAACAAUUUGAUGCAGUCAAGACAGGCACUACCAGAUGGUAUGAUAGACAAACUUGUUGCUGCCAUAGGUUUUCUAACUAGCGUUAGUCGGUUUUGUUACUUUCUCUCUCCCUCCAUGUAUAGACUGUCACACACACCAGCCCUUGCUCCUCUCUCGCCCCUCCCCCACAUUCUGCUGAGUUGCGCGAGCAAGUCUCCAUUAGAAGUUUCUAUCCAAAAAAUGUCCCUUUAAAACACAUGUAUUCCAACUAUCCGGAUAUCCGAAAAAAUAUUGAGACGACAUUCAAAUACCGAAAUCAUUUCAAAUGCCCAUCCCUAUUAAUUAGAACCCAGCAUAUGUCAACUCUUGUUGUAACGCAAUUCUCUGCAGUUCUUGCGGCGUCUUUAUCGAAUGCAUACAUAUUGUGUCGGCUAUCACCACUGUCGUUCUCAUGCCCCCCUCUCCCCUCCCAUUGGUUCUCAGUGGUCUCAAGUUACUGUGGUCUUUCUGCUAAUGACCUCGUCUCCCCCCUCUCUUCCUCCCCCUCAUCAGUUCCCCCCCGCCAUGGCCUGCAGUCUCUUGGUAAAGUUGCCUCCGCGCGGCGCAUGCCACCCCCUGCCAGCCUGCCCAGUCUGAAGGCAGAGAACAAAGGCAACGAUCCCAACGUCUCGCUCGUUCCCAAAGACGGCACAGGAUGGGCAAGCAAGCAGGAACCAGCAGACCCAAAGAGGUGAGGAGGCCCCCUUGACAUACUACCCAUGAGGCGCUCUAUAGAUUUGAAUAUACUAAAUCCUUCUCAGUUUCCGCUCUGUAUACACUGAUCUUUACUAUGUUAUGUGGUUGGGUAUUAUUGCCUCUUGUUUAAAGUAUACACCUGCCCAGAACUUCAAUUUAAUCGAUUUCUCAUCAAUGUUUAUGAUUUAUCUGAAUUAGGAGGAUUCUCUGCAGUAAAAAAAAUGAAAAAGAAUUGACUAGCACAUCUGUGAUUUGAAUGCACAGAUGCUACCUUAUCUCAAGAAAUGGUAGCAAUAAUUCUGUGGAACAUCGCUAAUAGGCCCCUACUAGCUCGGUAAUUGGCAGAAUUGUCUCUGUCUGUCUGACUGGCGCGUCUGACACUUACCCAUCUGGUGUUUCUCUUUUUUUCUCUCCUCUCUCUUUCUCUCCUCUCUCUUUCUCCCUCUUUCUCUCUCUCUCCGUCUCUCAGUACCGAUGUAUUAUCAGCACCGCAGCUGGAGUCGCAGCAGCCUGUGGUUUCACAGACGCCUGCACCGAUCCGCCCGAGAACCCCGCCAGCUCCAGAGGUACACGCACCAAUUCGAUGCCAAUGUAAACUGAAACACAAAAUGGUUCUAUAAUGCUAUGGUGCUUAAUGUUGUGCUGUUUUGUGUGUCUCUCAGGUUCUGCCUCCGGUUGCGGCCACGGUUUCAGCCCAGGCCGCAGGGGCAAGGUCCUGGGCUCAGGCCAGUGUUACACAUGGAGCACAAGGAGAUGGUGAGUACCAGACUUCUUUACAUCUGCCUGUCACUUCUCUCUCCCUUCAUAUGGGUAUUUUGCAGCGGACUUGACUGCCGCAUCAAUGGCCUAACUAACUCCAUUUGGACAUUUGACAUUGAGUAACCCCUCUCUCUCGCACCAUACAGGUGGAAAGGGAUCAAACCAACGGUCGCCAUUCUCUCGCGAGGAAUUUCCCACCCUGCAGGCGGCUGGCGACCAGGACAAAGCUGGCAGGGAACAGGGCACUGCAGAUCAGUUGUAUGGGCCCGGACCAAGCCUCCGCCCCCCGAGUGAGUAACGCUAACGCUCAUCUCUGUAUAGUUUAUUAUAGACCACACGUACAGUGAAGAGGGCUGCUGACAGAACAGAAGAAGCAGUGGUCAGAGCAAGUGCUUAUUUUAACAACAACUAUGGUUGCAAAAUUCCGGUACCUGUCCUAAAAUUCCCACAUUUUUCAGAAGUCCCAGUUGUAGGAUUGCCAGUUGGAGGAUUUACCUCCCUGCUUAUUCACGACUGAUACUGAGAAUCCUCCAACUGGGAUAAAAAAAAGAAGGAAUUCUGGCAACGUUUCUAUAACUAGGACAUCAGCUAAGGCAUGUUUAUAUUGCAUGUCUAGUAUUUAUUCCUGAAUACAAACGCUGGUGUAAGUGGCUCCUAUUCCCAUCAAUUUUUUACCUAUUUUCCUCGUUUUCCCUUUCUCUCCCCAGACAUGACGAGCUGGCGGGACGGUGGGGGCCGUGCCCUGGUGCCCACCGGAGAGGGGGUCGAAGAGGGUGGCCCGGGCGGGGCGCUGGCAAUGGAGGGGGCGGCCGGUGGUGGCCAGGCAGGCCCCCCUCCUCUCCAGCAGCAGCAGAACCUCCAGUCCCAUGGGCCGCCUAGGAACCCCCCUGCCGGCAGCCCUGGCUUGCCCCAGCCCCCCAUGGGCCCCGGGUUUCCCCAGUACAGAGGGAUUAUGCCUCCAUUCGUAAGUCUACUCCUGAGCUGUGUUCGAAUACUCAUACUAACCAUACUAUUUGUGAAGGAAAUUGAGUAUAUAGUAUGCUUAUUGGUCAUAGUAUGGAUAUAGUUAGUAUGCCAAAAGUUCCCAGAUGUCGUACUACAUUCGCCAAAAUACGUAGUAUACAAGCAGUGGACACUAUUUCCAUGCUUUUAGGGCCCAUAAUGCAAUUCUUUAGAAAAUGGGUGUGGCUUCACAACAUUUUCAGAUUUGAAGAAAAUGGCGGAAAAUAUGCAGCCGAAGUCCGAGAGCGGAUACAAAUUCAUUGCUUUAACUAAUUAUGACAAAUGUUAAGAAAAUGUAAUAAAGUGAUGACUUUUCAAAUAAGUUACCUGACACGUUAUGUUGGUUGACAAUUUGUUAGCUACGCAUAGCAUAUCAUUACAGCAUUAUGUACCGGUAUGUUGGCUAGCUACCUAACAUUAGUUGGCUUUCCAAUACAUCGGAAUUGCCAGUAUAUUAACUAUAUGCUAUCUAACUAACUACCCAACGUUUAUUGACUUGCUUAUUCUUAGUUUAGGUAAGUGGUAUAGUCGUUCUCGUUCUCAAUGGACAUUCGGGUGGAUUCGUAAAUUCGCUCUGGCUAUCUACUCCGAUUUCAGAGCACUCUCGUCUGACGUGUACCCGUGCCAGAGCACAGAUUAACUGAUUAAUUUACGAACGCUCAAUACCAGUUGAAAAUGGCCAGUGUCAAUAAACGUCUGCAAAAAAGCAUGAUUAAAUUUAUGGCCGGUGUCAAUAAACGUCGGCAAAAAAGCGUGAUUAAAUUGUUGCCAGCAGCACAGUUACAGCCACCAACGCUCUGGAUAACAUGAAGACAGCCUAACCAGCUCUGCUAGGGCGAGUGAAAUGGUCAGAGUGAGGGGCGAGUAAAAUGGUCAGAGUGAGGUGUUCUCUCAUUUGUGUCUGGAAGUAGCUAGCAAGUUAGCCAGUUAGCUUGGGUGCUUGACUGCCGUUAAGUCAGAAUGCUCUGAUCAACCCUACUCCUUGGCCAGAGCGUCCAGUGUGCGCUCUGAACGCUCCGAGAGUGAAAUGCUCUGAAUUUACGAACGGACAAUCUGACAACUCUCUGAAUUUACGAACGCCCAGAGCGCACUCUGACACUCCAGAUUGAAUUUAAUAACACACCCGAAGUCGUGAAAUGUCUAGCUAGUAAUUUGUAAUGCUAACAAGCUAGCAAGAGAUUGCAUAGCAACAGCAUCAACUUCCGGUAGACAGGCGAAGUGCUAGUAUGCUCAACUGAAAGGAUACCGUUCGUUUACAGUAUACUAAAAUGAACUAAUAGUAGAUCGUAUGUAGUAUACAGUAUGUUAGUAUGGGUAUUCGAACACAGCUCUAGUGUAAUCUCUGCAUGUUUGCUCACAGCUCUAUCUAUUAUAGCUACAGUGCAUUCAGAAAGUAUUCAGACCAUUAACUUUUUCCACAUUUUGUUACAUUACAGCCUAAUUCUAAAAUAGAUUAAAUUGUUUUUUGUACACACAAUACUCCAUAAUGACGAAGCAAAAACAUUAUUUAGGAAAUUAUUGCACAUUUAUAAAUAAAUAAAACUGAAAUAUAAAGUUUACAUAAGUAUUCAGACCCUUUAGUCAGUACUUUGUUGAAGCACCUUUGGCAGCGAUUACAGCCUCGAGUCUUCUUGGGUAUGACGCUCGAAUGCACUGUAUGUUUCCAUCCAUUUGUCAAAGAUUUUCAAGUGACUAGACAAACUGUGGCACAGAAACGGUCUUAGAACAUCUCACUGUUAGAGGUGUACACACAGGUGGGCUCUGCAACCGGUGUAGCAGCAGUGUACUGUCAAUCUCUGCAUUUGUGCAUCUCAGGGUCUCUAAAUCUCUUCUAUCCUCUCUCUCUUUCUGUGUCUCUCUCUGUCUCAGAUGUACCCUCCUUACCUGCCCUUCCCGCCUCCCUAUGGCCCCCAGGGGCCCUACAGGUAUCCCCCGCCUGGUGAGGCCCCUCCCAGGUUUCGCCAGCAGGGUCAGGACGGUCGCGGGCGUCCCCAGGGCGGUCCCCGUGGUGGGGGAGGAGAGAUGGUGAAGAGACCCUCAAUCCUGAAGCAGGACGACCUGAAGGAGCUAGAUGAACUUGACCACCAGGACGGAGACGAGGGCUGGGCAGGUGAGAGAGAGGAGACGUCAGGACUCAUGAACACUUAUAACUAUUGGUAGAGUAUACUGUUCAGAGAGCAGUGGCAAGUGUAAAAAUGAAUAAUAGAGACCUGUACACUGUUAAAUUGAUAUGAGAACAUUCCUAAAACAACAUGCGAAAAUUAUGACUGGAUAGCCUGAAAGUAUUACAAGGAAGCCAGCCAGCUUCAUUAUUUUUCAAUCCGAGAUACAUUCAUUCUCUAUCAUAUCAAUUGUAUGAUGCUGAUAUGGUGGGAGUUUGCUAAUACGUGGAGAAACAAAGUGAGUAUCACAUUUGACUGCAUCAUCUCAUGGAUCCAGUAGUGCUGCGCGUGGGGGAGGGGAGACAUAUCAGGUUUAUCCAAGUGGGGGAGGGAGAGAUGAGAAGGAUGCAUUGUUUCAAGUCUCCCUCGUGUGUGUGUGACUGUGUAUAAUGGUCGAGGAUGGCAACGGUACAAAUGCGUUCCACAUGUCCAUUGCGCUUCCUCUCUGAACCGUUGGGUCUGUCAAAUAAGGGGCACACGAGGAGAUCGACUACUCGGCCAAGUUGAAGUUCAGCGAUGAUGAAGGGGAAGAAGAGGGGGAUGAGGAGAGGAACGAGAGACCCGAGAGGAGUGAAAGAAGCGAGAGCAAGAACGGCUCACGGUAUGUCCCACAGUACCUGCCCAACAUAACAGAUUGACAUGGUGUGGAAAAUACAGUUUAAACGUUUAAAUAUUUUUGUACUGUGCUGUGCUAGCAAUCCUCCUCCUUUGUGCCAUGAAGACCAAUACACCCACAUAAAUUGUUUCUGAAUUAAUGAAUGACGGAGCCAGAAAAUAACAAAUUCAUGAAAUGGUUGUUGCAUGUGGGAUUGCUUUUGACGUUACACACGUGUCGUCUCUUAUUUCCUUCCCCAGGGAGAUACAGAGGUCUCAGGAAGGUCCCCCUCAGGUGGUCCAGCGCUCCCGAGCCUCUGACAGCGGAGGGGACAGGGACACCCGCCGCACCCCUCCCUCCAACGCUGACCACGACGGCCCCCCACCCCCCUCCAGCAAGCCAGGAUGGGCCGAGGAGGGGGGCAACAGCGGCUGGGGGGGCCAAGGCGCCCAUGCCACCUACCAGGUACGACCCUCGGCAAGGGCUAGACUAGUGGACGUUCAGAGGCAGCUUAGGGCUAAUAUGCAAGUGAACAGUGACCAUUUUAUUGUAAAAGCAGGAUUGCUUUGAGGACAUGGAUAUUAGUGUAUUUAGCGUAAUGGGUAACUAGAUUCGUCUGGCUAACUGUAACCUGUGGCUGCCUGUACACUACAGGGACGUAGGUCUGGACUGGGUGGCCCCCGGGAGCAGCCCUCCCCCCCACCAGGGUCUCUCCUCCACCAGGGACAGGGGCCUUACUCCUACUACCGACAGGUAUCUGCCUAUCUGGGGAGAGAGAGGGCCUCGUGUUUAUAUUUUAUAUAUAUAUAUAUAUAUGAGAGAGUGUGUGUAGAAAACAUUAGGAACACCUGCUCUUUCCAUGACCGACUGGGUGAAUGCAGGUGAAAGCGAUGAUCCCUUAUUGAUGUCACUUGUUAAAUCCACUUCAAUCAGUGAGUGCAUUCAGAAAGUAUUCAGACACCUGACUUUUUCCACAUUUUGUUACGUUACAGCCUUAUUUAAAUUGUUUUUUCCCCUCAUCAAUCUACACACAAUACCCCAUAAUGACAAAGCAAAAACAGAUUUUUAGAAAUGUUUGCUAAUGUAUUACAAAUAAAAAAACUGAUGACAUUUACAUAAGUAUUCAGACCCUUUACUAAGUACUUUGUUGAAGCACCUUUGGCAGCGAUUACAGCCUAGAGUCUUCUUGGGGAUGACUCUUCAAGCUUGGCACACCUGUAUUUGGGGAGUUUCUCCCAUUCUUCUCUGCAGCUCCUCUCAAGCUCUGUCAGGUUGGAUGGGGAGCGUCGCUGCACAGCUAUUUUCAGGACUCCAGCGAUGUUCGAUCGGGUUCAAGUCUGGGCUCUGGCUGGGCCACUCAAGGACAUUCAGAGACUUGUCCUGAAGCCACUCCUGCGUUGUCUUGGCUGUGUGCUUAGGGUCAUUGUCUUGUUGGAAGGUGAACCUUCGCCCCAGUCUGAGGUCCUGAGUGCUCUGGAGCAGGUUUUCAUCAAGGAGCUCUCUGUACUUUUCUCCGUUCACCUGUCCCUUGAUCCUGACUAGUUUCCCAGUACCUGCCGCUGAAAAACAUCCCCACAGCAUGAUGCUGCUGCCACCACCAUGCUUCAAUGUAGGGAUGGUGCCAGGUUUCCUCCAGACAUGAUGCUUGGCAUUCAGGCCAAAGAGUUAAAUCUUGGUUUCAUCAGACCAUAGAAUGUUGUUUCUCAUGGUCUGAGAGUCCUUUAGGUGUCUUUUGGCAAACUCCAAGUGGGCUGUCGUGCCUUUUACUGAGGAGUGGCUUCCGUCUGGCCACUCUACCAUAAAGGCCUGAUUGGUGGAGUGUUGCAGAGAUGUUUGUCCUUCUGGAAGGUUCUCCCAUCUCCAUAGAGGAGCUCUGUCAGUGAUCAUCGGGUUCUUGGUCACCUCCCUGACCAAAGCCCUUCUCCCCUGAUUGCUCAGUUUGGACAGGCGGCCAGCUCUAGGAAGAGUCAGGGGUGUCAAACUCAUUUUAGCUCAGGGGCCACAUGGAGGAAAAUCUAUUCCCAAGUGGGCCGGACCGGUAAAAUCAUGGUAUAUAUAUAACUUAAAAACAACAACUUCAGAUUGUUUUCUUUGUUUUAAUACGAUCAACAUAAAACAUAAAGCUGGAGCCUGAGGACAGUGUGUCCAAAAUAGUACAAGCACAACAUCACUAUUUAUCAUAAAACACCUCAAGUUUAUUUGAAAAUUCUAAAGAAAAAGAACACACAAACACACAAUGCCUCAGUGAUUCACAGAACUGUUUCACAGAUCACAGAACUAUAUCAGGGUGUCAUUUCUCAGGCAGAAAUGUAGAUAAAAAUAAUGAAAUCCUGUUCCCCAAACAAGUGCAAGAACCACAGAGUCAAGAAUAGGUUAAAUAUACAAAUAAAAUAAAAACAAUUAAAAACAAUAGUACAUCAACAUAAAAACAUAUAAACAUAAAGUUGGAGCCUGAGGACAGUGUGUCCAAAAGCACAACAUCACUAUUAAUCAUAAAACACCUAAAGUUAUUUGAAAAUUCUGAGGACAAAGAACACACAAACACACAAUGCCUCAGUGAUUCACAGAAGUAUAUCAGGGUGUCUCAUGCAGCACUUUAAGUGGGGUUGCAUAGUUUAUUUGACUCCUGAUACCUGGCAUCUUUUAGCUUUCACCAGCGCAUCAAUAUCAGGCGUCACAUCCUGAGUGGCAGCCAACUUCAGGAUGUGAUUCAAGUGCUUGUGCGUGAGCCUUGAGCGCAGCUUUGUUUUAUUUAUGCUCAUUACAGAGAACUUGCUCACAAAGAUAUGUGGUUCCAAACAUACACAACAGUUUUGCAGCGAGGGCUGUCAAGUUGGGGUAACCUGGCAAGAGAUUCUGAUAACAUGUGUCCAAGCCAGCUGCGGCAAAUUUGCCCUUCAAAUCCGAGUCACACUGCAAGUCUAUUAUUUCAAGUUGGAUGCUGACGGGCAGAUCAGAGGGAUUCACGGUGAAUGGCGAGCAAAAAACUUUGAAGUCUUUCUCCAGUUCACCAAAAAUCUGAAAGCGUUGCUCAAACUCCCGUAACAGUCCUGUUAUUUUAUCUUUGAACCGCUUCAUGUCUGCCACAUGUUGGGUUGCGCACACAUUUUUCAGACGGGAUGUGAGCUGCAUCACCACCGGCGAGUUGCGUCUCCCAAAAUGACAGCUUCAACUUGAAAGAACGUAUGCUGUCAUAAUACUGCGUGACAACUUUGUUGCAACCUUGCAGCUGUUUGUUCAAGUUAUUCAGGUGCUCUGUAACAUCCACCAUAAAUGCAAGGUCCUGCAUCCAUUCUGCGGAAUGAAAUUCUAACACUGGUUUGCCCUUUUCUUCCAUGAACUGUUCAAUUUAUUCUCGUAAAUCAAAGAAACGCCUCAGCACCUCGGCUUAACCAUCUUACCUCAGUGUGGUAUGGCAGGCCAUAAAUGUGGUCUUUCUCUCUGAGAAGGCUGUCAAACUGACAGUGAUUCAGGCUUCUGGAUCGGAUGAAAUUAACAGUUUGGAUGACCACCUUCAUGACGUUAUCCAUCUUUAAUGACUUGCAACACAAAGCCUCCUGGUGCAAAAUACAGUGAAAAGUCCAAAAAUCACAUCCUCCAUUUGCAGAUUGCACUUUCUCUCUGAACUUUGUCACAACGCCUGCUUUUUUCCCGAUCAUUGAGGGCGCACCAUCUGUAGCCAGGCUGACAGCGCGGGACCAGUCCACUCCGACCCUGUCCAGCGCGCCGACGAGUGCGGUGAAAAUAUCAGCUGCUGUCAUUGUAUCUGUCAUCGGCACCAACUCCACGAACUCCUCGGUGACGGUCAAUGUGUCAUCAACUCCGCGGAUGAAAAUGGCCAGUUGUGCAACAUCUGUAAUGUCCGUGCUUUCAUCAAUUGCAACCGAAAACGCAAUAAAUGACUUUACUUUUUGCUUCAACUGGUUGUCCAAAUCCACUGAAAGAUCGGAAAUCCUGUCUGCAACUGUGUUUCUUGUCAGGCUGAUAUUUGCAAAAGCCUGGCGCUUUUCAGGGCACACAAUCUCCGCUGCCUUCAUCAUGCAUGUUUUUACAAAUUCACCCUCACUAAAUGGUUUUGAAGCCACUGCGAUUUCAUUAGCAAUGAGGUAGCUAGCUUUCACUGCAGCGUCACUGAUGUCUCGGCUGUGAGUAAACACAGACUGCAGUUUCUUCAGACCCGCCAACAGUUCAUUCACCUUAUCUCUUCUCCGCUGUCCUUGAUAGUUGUCAUAUUUGUCGGCAUUAAGACUCACAUAGUGGCGACAAAGGUUAUAUUCUUUCAGCACUGCAACAUGCUGUGAACACACCAAACAUACAGCUUUCCCAUUCAAUCCCGUGAAUAAAUAGGAGGAUGACCAUUUUUCUUGGAACACUCUGCACUCUGCGUCCACUUUUCUCUUUUUUGACAGAGACAUAUUGGGGCAAUGAGGGUGCCAAAGCACAUAAUGUUAAAAGUAGAAGCCGUGAUAAAUAUUGCGGGCAAAACAAAGUAGCUCAUCCGGACUGGCUGCACUUGCUUGACCUACUUGCUCUGCCCCGGUAUAAACAGUUUGCUUGCUUCACACAAUUGCUAUUGCGCCAUCCAGUGGACGCAAUUGGAACAGCAGUUUAUUUUAUUGAUUAUAGCUAAUUUUUAUACUUUACAAAAUCAUCUCGCGGGCCGGAUUAAACCUGUUUGCGGGCCUGAUCCGGCCCACGGCUCGGACGUUUGACACCCCUGGUCUAGGUGGUUCCAAACUUCUUCCAUUUAAGAAUGAUGGAGGCCACUGUGUUCUUGGGGACCUUCAAUGCUGCAGACAUUUUUUGAUACCCUUACCCAGAUCUGUGCCUCGACACGAUCCUGUCUCGGAGCUCUACGGACAAUUCCUUCGACCUCAUGGCUUGGUUUUUGCUCUGACAUGCACUGUCAAAUGUGGGACCUUAUAUAGACAGGUGUGUGCCUUUCCAAAUCAUGUCCAAUCAAUUGAAUUUACCACAGGUAGACUCCAAUCAAGUUGUAGAAACAUCUCAAGGAUGAUCAACGGAAACAGGAUGCACCUGAGCUCAAUUUCGAAUCUCAUAGCAAAGGGUCUGAAUACUUAUGUAAAUGAGGUAUUUCAGUUAUUAAUUUAAUACAUUUGCAAAAAAUUCUAGAAACCUUUUUUCGCUUUGUAAUUAUGGGGUAUUGUGUGUAGAUUGAUGAGGAAAACAAUGUAUUUAAUCAAUUUUAGAAUAAGGCUGUAAUGUAACAAAAUGUGGAAAAGGUCAAGGUGUCUGAAUACUUUCUGAAUGCACUGUAGAUGAAGGGGAGGAGACUGGUUAAAGAAGGUAUUUUAAGCCUUGAGGCCAUUGAUGCUUGGAUUGUGUAUGUGUGCCAUUCAUAGGGUAAAUUUACAAGACAAAAGAUUGAAGUGCCUAUGAAUGGGGUGUGGUAGUAGGUGCCAGGCGCAACGGUUUGUGUCAAGAACUGCAAUGCUGCUGGCUUUUUCACGAUCAACAGUUUCCUGUGUGUAUCAAGAAUAGUCUACCACCCGAAGGACAUCCAGCCAUCUUGACACAACUGUGGGAAGCAUUGGAGUCAACAUAAGCCAGCAUCCCUUUGGAACAUUUUCGAUACCUUGAAGACUCCAUGCCCUGACUAAUUGAAUGUUUUGAGGGCAGAAGGGAGUGCAACGCAAUAUUAGGAAGGUGUUUUUAAUGUUUUGUACACUGUGUAUAUCCGUACAGCAUUUUCACAUGCUUUUUUUGCAGUUCAGUUAUUUGAGUUGUUCAUACCAUCCUAGGAAAGUUUUUUUCUUCAUAUUGUAGCCGAGUUUGUUGUCGUGUGUGUCCUCAUUCAAUCUCUCCUCACCCAGGACCGCAACUCCCCUAAUCAGUCCGGCCCGGUGGUAGCCCCUGAAACUGUCUCUGCCUCCCUGGCCCCCGGGAAGCCCGCCCCCUCCUCGCAGCUCCAACAGCAGCAGACUACUUCCCCAGUCCCCGGAGGCCCCACCCCUCCACCUCAGACUACCGGCCUGCUUGCCCCGCCCCCGGGCGAAGACGAGGACGAGACGUGGCGCCAGCGCAGGAAGCAGUCCUCCUCUGAGAUCUCGGCCGCUGUUGAACGUGCCCGCCGGCGCCGAGAGGAGGAGGAGCGAAGGAUGGAGGAAGAGCGGCGCGCGGCCUGCGCUGAGAAGCUGAAGAGGCUGGAUGAAAAGGCCCAGCAGCAGGGUGGUGGUGGGAGCAGCGGAGGCUCCAAGCCCUCCAGUCUGGACGGCAAUUCCACCACGGCCGGAUGCCCCAGCCCUUCACUGUCUGCCACGGCCUCCUCCCCCAACAUCAGCCAGCCCCCGUCCCCCUGCGUGGACCUUGAGGAGCCCCCCCUGGCUGCCCAGGCUGUGACCAGGGACCUAGUGCCAGGGCCCAGUCCCACCGACAGACAGAGGGCCAAUAGCAACAGCAGCUAUGACUCCAAUGCUGGUGAGUUUUGACUAGAGCUGUGGAGGUCAUGAAAUUGUCAGCAGGUGAUUGUCAUGCAAAUAACUGCAGAUCGCACGGUAAUUUACCAUUAAUUAACAUGUUUAGCAUCUCCUGGCUUCCAUGCAUAGCCUACAAGCCAAUGACGCGGCGCUUUGGAACAUCCAUAUUUUAAAGUCUAAUAAAUCAAUUUAAUAAAGCCUACACAUCACAAUAAAUCUGUUAUUUAUUUUAGACAGGUCUAAAGAAUCAUGAAAUGAAGAAAAUAUUGCCUAUUUCAGAAGAACAGAAUAGCAUAUUCUGAGUCGUCCUUAUGUUAGGCGCUGAUCUGGCUAUGCCUUAUAGCUGUGGGCUACACUAGUUGAGACAAGAUUUGCAUAUCAUUCCCGUGGCAUUAUUUUAUAGUAAGAAGAAUAAGGCAUGAGCUCUGCUGUUUCUUGCGCAGGCUGCACACACUUCAUCAGUCUUUCAUUCACCAUUGGACAAGCACUUGAUAAUAUCUCACCCAUCAGACUAUUCUCAAUUUAAUCUGGUCUUUACAUAUAGCCUAAUAAUAUAUGUGUGGAAUUAUUUUUUUAUUUAGAAUGCCCCCAUGUCAUCCGUAGCAAAUGGACUUUACGUAAAGUUUAGUUUUUAAUAUGCCAGCAUAGGCGGCGCAUCCAUAAGGCUAGGGGAAGCUAAGCUUUCCUAAAGUAAAUUGAAUUAUACUGAACAAAAAUAUAAACACAACAAUUUCAACGAUUUUACUGAGUUACAGUUCAUAUAAGGAAAUCAGUCAAUUGAAAUAAAUGAAUUAGCCCUAAUCUAUGGAUUUCACAUGACUGGGCAGGGGCGCAGCCAUGGGUGGGCCUGGGAGGGCAUAGACCCACCUACUUGGGAGCCAGGCCCACCCAAUCAGAAUGAGUUUUUCUCCAAAAAAGGGCUUUAUUACAGACAGAAAUACUGCUCAGUUUCAUCAGCUGUCCGGCAUGCUGGUCUCAGACGAUCCCGCAGGUGCCGGAUGUGGAGGUCCUGGGCUGGCGUGGUUACACGUGGUCUGUGGUUGUGAGGCCGGUUGGACGUACUGCCAAAUUCUCUAAAACGAUGUUGGAGGUGGCUUAUGGUAGAGAAAUUAACAUUCAAUUCUCUAGGCAACAGCUUUGGUGGACAUUCCUGCAGUCAGCAUGCCUAUUGCAUGCUCCCUCAACUUGAGACAUCUGUGGCAUUGUUGUGUGACAAAACUGCACAUUUUAGAGUGGCCUUUUAUUGUCCCCAACACAAGGUGCACCUGUGUAAUGAUGGAUUAACUUGGCAAAGGAGAAAUGCUCACUAAAAGAGAUGUAAAAAAAUAUAUAGAAAAAAUUAAAGUGUGCACAAAAUUGGCGAGAAAUAAGCUUUUUGUGCGUAUGGAACAUUUCUGGGAUCUUUUAUUUCAGUUCAUAAAACAUUGGACCAACACUUUACAUGUUGCGUUUAUAUUUUUGUUCAGUAUAAAUUGCCAAAAUUAUAUAGCCUAAUUAACCUACUACUGUCUAUACAGAAAUAAAUAAAGUAAUUCAAAAUAGGCUAUUAAAGCAUGAUUUGGCCACAGGAUCAUUAGCUUAUUAAAAAAAAAAAAAAAAGUUAUGGAUUGUUCUAAAUUGCAUAGCCUACAGUCAGAAGGAAAGGCAGUGCGCCAAAUACUAAAUGCAUGAUUGUUGAGUUGCGACUGUCAUUGAAAAGUAGAGGCCCAGACAGGCAUAUCACAAUAUUUAAAAAUACAAACGCGGGAAAACAUAGUUUGGAAAGGAAAAUGGUUAUAGCUGUAAAGAGAAGACAAUGAAGACUAUAAUCUGUCUUUUAGUUAUCAAAAUUAUCAAUUUAAUUGAGAGAACAGUAUAGCCUAUCUUAUUGGCACCAGCCUAUGGACAACCGCAUUUUUAUUGAUCUUUGUCAGUAUCAGCAGAGUAGACUACCCUGUCAUUUUUCGUAUUAAAAAAGAUUCUGCUAAUGUCUCCAUUCAAAUAAAGUGUAGUAGAAUAGCAUGAAAUGUUUUCAUAAAAGGCCACAUUUUUUCAGUGCAAAGAAAGAAGAAAUCUGAUAAAGCCUAGGCUUACUUUACACUAUACGCGCACAGCCAUGCAUUGAAGGUCUUUUUUACGAACAGUGAUUGAGUUAUUAUUAGCCUAAAUUAUGACUAUGUUCUCAUCGCAUUACAAAUAGUACGCUAUCUUACAUAAGUCUGCAAAUGCAAUGAUGCAUUGGAAUGCUUUAUUAGGGCCCCGUGUAGCUCAGUUGGUAGAGCAUGGUGCUUGCAACGCCAGGGUUGUGGGUUCGAUUCCCACGGGGGGCCAGUAUGAAUUUUUUUUUAUGCACUGACUGUAAGUCGCUCUGGAUAAGAGCGUCUGCUAAAUGACUAAAAUGUUGAAUUUGUAUGGUGAAAAUUAGCUUCCCCAAACUUGAAAUUUACGCGCUGCCGGCUACACCGGUUAUAAAGCAGAUUAAUGUGAUUAAUUGUAAGAAUUGAACAAUAAAUAUAGCAGCACAAGAAAGAUGGGAUCCACUUUUAAAUAGUGGCCUGUCAGAACUGUUUUCACACGCGAUUGCGCAAUGACUGGGCUAAUAAGAAAACGUUUCACUAGGCUCUGUAGGAUAUGUGCUCUCCAACCGUGUUUCAGGGGUCGUAGGCCUAUAGGCUACGUUUGGAGUUAUUUGUCCACUUUAGUUAAGAUACAAACCUCAUCAAAACGUAUAGGCCUAUGGGCUAGGCUACAUGAUGCAUGUGACUAUGAUUUGAAAAAGUAAUUUACAUUUGAGUCAUUUAGCAGACACUCUUAUCCAGAGCGACUUACAGUUAGUGAGUGCAUACAUUUUUUAUGUGCUGUUUCUUGCCUGGGACUGCACACGCUGUCACCUAUCAGACUAUUCUAAACGUAAUCUUGUCUUUACAUAUACUAAAUAACGUGUGAAAUUUGUUAUGAUUUAGAAUGGGCCAUUAUCAUGCACCUGUUGGUUACAGGGGCAGGGGGAAAAAUACAUGUAAUCCGUAUUCACUUAAAUAGCAAAUGGAGGAUGCCUUUCCUGCUGCUCAUUUUCAUGUCAUCCCAGGUAGGCCACUCCAGUUAUAAACUAAAGCAAUGUGCUUAAUAUUAGGAAAGCUGAGAAAUAAAUAUAGUAGGCCUAGCCUAUAGAAAGCUGAUGGGAUCCUCCUCUUUUUAAUAGACUCCAUAAAAACGUUGUUUUGUCACGCAAUUGCAUAACCUAUAGAAAUGUUGCGCAACGUGGGCUUAUGGGCUCUCAUGAAGUGUUUGCAUUGAUGUUAGAGUAAUUAGAGGGACAAUCGAGCGCUGAGUACCAGGCCAUUAGCGAAUGGCAGCUAGUAUAUUGGGUUGGCUACUAAUGACUCAGCGGCAUCAGAGCGCAGUUUUCAAGAAGCCUAUUUACUGUGACUAAAUGGUGACAUGGAAUUUGACUGUGGUCAUGACUCGUGACUGCCAGUGUGGUGGUAAUACGGUCACUGUAACAGCCCUAGUUUUGACACGGCAUUCUGGUGUUGUCUACCUAGUUCAACUUGGUUAGACAUUUGAUGUGGGUAUCUCUAAAAAGGUAUGUUUGGGCCAUAGACAAAAGGCUUCAAACGGUUGUGAAUCUUUGAAGUUGUCUUUUUGUCACAUAUUAAGUUCACAAUAGUACCUCUACUGACCUUUCUUAAAAUUGUAUAGCACAUUACUUGGUGUCAUUCACAUCUGCUUACCUCUUCCAACAACCAGUGGUAUAUCAUUGCUAUAUUCUCUCCCCUUCCUCUAUCCAGACGCCCAGGUGUGUCCCCAGCCCACCACUCCUCAGCUGCAGCAGCCUCCUCUGGAGGUCCUGGUGCCUGGGGAGGGGAAGGAGGAGAUGCUAGGUAGUGCUCACGUCCGCAGCGGAGGAGGUGGUGGUGGAGGAGUGGUAGACCCAGUGAAGGUAGAGAGCAUGGGAGGAGGAGCAAGUCGCCAAGCCAGCGGCCCCCCCGGACAGGGCUACUCCAAGUACCAGAAGUCCCUGCCUCCCCGCUUCCAGAGACAGCAACAGGUCAGUCUAAUAACCUACUGAAGUCAUUACCCAAUGGUAAAUCUAUGGGUAAUGAUCUUAUGGACAAUAUUUAUCUUUGCUAUGCUGCUCCCCAGUUUGCAGCUCCACUGAAAUAUAUAUUUAAUUGGUCACUGGAAAACAGUCAAUUUCCAAAUGUAUGGAAGCAUGCUAAACUGUGUCUAAUCCCAAAAGACAACAAAGAAUCCCUUACGCCUGCCAAUAGUCAACCAAUCAGUCUACUCCCUUCAAUCAGUAAAAUAUAUUAGAGGGUAUAUUGAGUAAACAAAUAAGGGAGUACAUGGAAAAUAAUGAUUUGAUCACAGCCAAUCAGCAUGCUUAUCGCAAAAACCAUUCUACUACCACUGCAUUGGUUGACAUGACUGAUCAAUGGCUCAGUGCUAUGGAUGAUGGCAAGUUUGUGGGUGUACAAUUUCUAGAUUUUAUUGCAGUAUUUUGAUUGUGGGUCAUGAAAUACUUUCAACUGACGUUUUGCAUUGUCUAAACGAUAAGAAAAUAAGUCAUAAAAUGGCGUGAAUUCACAAUUCAGAUAUGGUCCUGCGUAUUACCCAAUUAUGUAUAUAAACCAUUGGUAGUCCAGGCUACCUAGCAGACGGCUCUCACCUUACUGCAGUCCCCCACCCACUCCGCAACGAUGGUAUUGAAUGCCGUUUUAGGUUCUCUGCUGUGUCACUCUCCUCCAUGUUCUCAGUUGUCAGUGCAUGGGACUUCAUGUUCCACGUCUCUUCAAUGUGAUUUUACAUUUUAGUCAUUUUAGCAGACGCUCUUAUCCAGAGCGACUUACAGUUAGUGAUUACAUUAUUUAUUUUUUUAUACUGGCCCCCCGUGGGAAACGAACCCACAACCCUGGCGUUGCAAACGCCAUGCUCUAUCAACUGAGCUACAUCCCUGCCGGCCAUUCCCUCCCCUACCCUGGACGACGCUGGGCCAAUUGUGCGCCGCCCAUGAGUCUCCCGGUCGCGGCCGGCUGCGACAGAGCCUGGAUUCGAACCAGGAUCUCUAGUGGCACAGUUAGCACUGCAAUGCAGUGCCUUAGACCACUGCGCCACUCAGGAACCACUGCAACCAGUGAUGGCUGGUUGCAGUGAUGUAUGACAGCCUGUUCAUAGAUGUCCAACAAUUUGUUGUUACGCCACGUUUGUACUCGCGCUUUGUACUUGCAGAGCAAUCGUACAGUUUCUUCAUCCAGGCAGUCAUUGUUUUUUGACAUGGCAUCUUGUAGUCUGGUUGUAGAUAUGCCAUCAGGGCAGUGAAGCAGACGUCCUCGACCAUUGACAAUGGCUGCAUAUCAACUGCAAUAAUUUCUGUAAUAUAUUUGGGGUGGCCAAUAGCGGCGAUGGCAUCGUAUAUCACAAUGUUUUAUGGGUACAUAAUCACGAUAUGACAAAGGUUGACAUCGCCCAACCACGCACGUAGAGCUGGGCGAUAUGGCCUAAAAUGAAUACAAAAAUUAUAAUCUAAUUUAUGGGCGAUUCACAAUAUAAACUGAGUGUACAAAACAUUACGAACACCUGCUCUUUCCAUGAGACUGACCAGGUGAAAGUAUGAUCCCUUAUUGAUGUCACUUCAAUCAGUGUAGAUGAAGGGGAGGAGACAGGUUAAAGAAGGAUUUUUAAGCCUCGAGACAAUUGAGACAUGAAUGUGUGACAUUCAGAGGGUGAAUGGGCAAGACAAAAACAUUUCAGUACCUUUGAACAGGGUGUGGUAGUACAGUGAGGGAAAAAAGUAUUUGAUCCCCUGCUGAUUUUGUACGUUUGCCCACUGACAAAGAAAUGAUCAGUCUAUGAUUUUAAUGGUAGGUUUAUUUGAACAGUGAGAGACAGAAUAACAACAAAAAAAUCCAGAGAAACGCAUGUCAAAAAUGUUAUAAAUUAAUUAGCAUUUUAAUGAGGGAAAUAAGUAUUUGACCCCCUCUCAAUCAGAAAGAUUUCUGGCUCCCAGGUGUCUUUUAUACAGGUAACGAGUUGAGAUUAGGAGCGCACUCUUAAAGGGAGUGCUCCUAAUCUCUGCUUGUUACCUGUAUAAAAGACACCUGUCCACAGAAGCAAUCAAUCAAUCAGAUUACAAACUCUCCACCAUGGCCAAGACCAAAGAGCUCUCCAAGGAUGCCAGGGACAAUAUUGUAGACCUACACAAGGAUGGAAUAGGCUACAAGACCAUCGCCAAGCAGCUUGGUGAGAAGGUGACAACAGUUGGUGCGAUUAUUCGCAAAUGGAAGAAACACAAAAGAACUGUCAAUCUCCCUCGGCCUGGGGCUCCAUGCAAGAUCUCACCUCGUGGAGUUGCAAUGAUCAUGAGAACGGUGAGAAAUCAGCCCAGAACUACACGGGAGGAUCUUGUCAAUGAUCUCAAGGCAAAUUGGAAAAUUAUGUGGAUAUAUUGAAGCAACAUCUCAAGACAAUUGUCAGGAAGUUAAAGCUUGGUGGUGGUGAUUCUAACUGACCUAAGACAGGGACUUUUUACUAGGAUUCAAUGUCAGGAAUUGUGAAAAACUGAGUUUAAAUGUAUUUGGCUAAGGUAUAUGUAAACUUCUGACUUCAACUGUAUGAAAUAACACAUAUGGAAUCAUGUAGUAACCCAAAAACUGUUAAACAAAUCUAAAUAUAUUUGAGAUUUUUCAAAUAGCCACCCUUUGCCUUUAUGACAGCUUUGCACACUCUUGACAUUCUCUCAAGCAGCUUCAUGAGGUAGUCACCUGGAAUGCAUUUCAUUUAACAGGUGUGCCUUCUUAAAAGUUCAUUUGUGGAAUUUCUUUCCUUCUUAAUGCGUUUGAGCCAAUCAGUUGUUGUGACAAGGUAUACAGAAGAUAGCCAUAUUUGGUAAAAGACCAAGCCCAUAUUAUGGCAAGAACAGCUCAAAUAAGCAAAGAGAAACGACAGUCCAUCAUUACUUUAAGACAUGAAGGUCAGUCAAUACGGAAUAUUUCAAUAACUUUGAAAGUUUCAAGUGCAGUCGCAAAAACCAUCAAGCGCUAUGAUUAAACUUGCUCUCAUGAGGACCGCCACAGGAAUGGAAGACUCAGUUACCUCUGCUGCAGAGGAUAAGUUCAUUAGAGUUACCAGCCUCAGAAUCGCUCUGGAUAAGAGCGUCUGCUAAAUGACUAAAAUGUAAAUGUAAAUGUAAAUUGCAGCCUAAAUAAAUGCUUCACAGAGUUCGAGUCACAGACACAUCUCAACAUCAACUGUUCAGAGGGGACUGUGUGAAUCAGGCCUUCAUGGUCGAAUUGCUGCAAAGAAACCACUACUAAAGGACACCAAUAAGAAGAAGCGGACCCUGCUUGGGCCAAGAAACACGAGCAAUGGGUAUCAGACCGGUGGAAAUUUGUCCUUUGUUCUGGAGUCCAAAUUGGAGAUUUUUGGUUACAACCGCCAUGUCUUUGUGAGACGCGGUGUGGGUGAACGGAUUAUCUCUGCAUGUGUAUUUCCCACCGUAAAGGAUGGAGGAGGAGGAGGUGUUAUGGUGUGGGGGUGCUUUGCUGGUGACACUGUCUGAUUUAUUUAGAAUUCAAGGCACACUUAACCAGCAUGUCUACCACGGCAUUCUACAGCGAUAUCCCAUCUGGUUUGUGCUUAGUGGGACUAUAAUUUGUUUUUCAACAGGACACUGACCCAACACACCUUCAGGCUGUGUAAGGGCUAUUUUACCAAGAAGGAGAGUGAUGGAGUGCCGCUUCAGAUGACGCAGCCGGCCGCGACCGGGAGACUCAUGGGCGGCGCACAAUUGGCCCAGCGUCGUCCAGGGUAGGGGAGGGAAUGGCCGGCAGGGAUGUAGCUCAGUUGAUAGAGCAUGGCGUUUGCAACGCCAGGGUUGUGGGUUCAAUUCCCACGGGGGGCCAGUAUUUAAAAAAUAUAUAUGUAUUCACUAACUGUAAGUCGCUCUGGAUAAGAGUGUCUGCUAAAUGACUAAAAUGUAAAUGUAAAAAUGACCUGGCCUCCACAAUCCCCCGACCUCAACCCAAUUGAGAUGAUUUGGGAUGAGUCGGACCGCAGAGUGAAGGAAAAGCAGCCAACAAGUACUCAGCAUAUGUGGGAACUCCUUCAAGACUGUUGGAAAAGCAUUCGUCAUGAAGCUGGUUGAGAGAAUUCCAAUAGUGUGCAAAGAUGUCAUCAAGGCAAUUUAACACUUUUUUGGUUACUACAUGAUUCCAUAUGUGUUAUUUCAUAGUUUUGAUGUCUUUACUAUUAUUCUACAAUGUAAAAAAUUGUAAAAAUAAAGAAAAACCCUUGAAUGAGUAGGUGUCCAAACUUCUGACUGGUAGUGUAAGCUUUGUUGCACAAUUUUAAGUCAAUACACUACAUUUCAAACAGUCAGGAAUCUAAUGUAAAAUUAUACCUAGGCAAAAUUAUAAGCCUUCCUUCCACAACCAUAAGACCAACUAAUAAUGUCAUUAUUUUAUAAAAAUAGUUUAUCCUGCUUUUUUUUGCAAUAAUCACUGAUCUGUCUUUAAUGUCUAUCUAUGAAAAUCCCCUUUUUGUUACACAUUGAACCAAAACCAUGCACAUCUAAUAAUGACCAACUUCUUGUAGAAGGUAUUAUAGAAAAUGAACACAGGACUCAUAAACCAUCUCUAAACACCCGCCUACGUGCUAGUGAGUAGCCAGCUAAUCUUUUUUAGUUUGUCUAGCCAACUUGGAUCUAUUUUCUAGCUAACAAGGUAGAACAGUUGUGAACCCUCCUCUCCGUCUCCAACUGUUUGAACUGUCCACUUUGUUUAGAGGUUGAAAUCAAGUGGCCUACCUGGCUAAGAAGAUACUUAUUUCUCAGAAUGAGAAUGAGUUGUAAAUUCCUUACAUAAAUGUGUAUUUUUAUGCUCAUUACACGUUUAUGAAACAGACUACACAGCUAGCACGUCUGUGGCUAAAAUGCUGCCUGCUAGCGGUACCGCAAGGCCGCGCGCAACAAACUGAGCGUUAAUUUUCCAGAAUCAAUGUUCAUUGAGCAGGGUCUGUUUUAGUAGGGUCUGCUCUCUGUCAAUGUUGUUAGUUGAGACAUAAGGGUAUCCUCUGUUAAAGUAAAAUGUCUCAAUGUGUUUCGGUGUACAUAUGACUGAUUUCUAUUGGACCAAACCUCAAAUGCAAAUAGCGAGUUGAAACUGCUCGUCAGAGAGGAAGACGUGAUCUUUCAUCUUUGUUGUUGUGAGUGGCUUGGUGUGUGUGUGUGUUUUAGUGGGAAAGUGCACACAGCAAAGAAGGAGCGAAGGAGACGAGACCAAAAAGACAACAUGAGAAGAAGCGGACAUAAAAGCUCAUAAAAACGAAAUAAUGUGAUUCUUGCGAUACAGCCAUUUGGAAUUUUGCGCUAAAACGUACAUUCAAAUUAAUCAAAUUAAUGCUAUAUCGCCCAGCCCUACACACAUGAUUAAGUCUCAUUGGAUGAAGCAUCUGCUAAAUGGCAUACAGUGUAUUCGAAAAGAAUUCGGACCCCUUCACUUUUUCCACAUUUUGUUACGUUACAGCCUUAUUCUAAAAUGGAUUAAAUUGUUUUUUCCCCUCGUCAAUCUACACACAAUAUCCCAUAAUUACAAAGCAAAAACAGCUUUGUAGAAAUUUGUGCACAUUUAUUAAAAAUAAAUUACUGAAAUAUUACCUUUACAUAUGUAUUCAGACCCUUUACUCUACUUUGUUGAAGCACCUUUGGCAGCGAUUACAGCCUCGAGCCUUCUUGGGUAUGACGCUACAAGCUUGGCACACCUGUAUUUGGGGAGUUUCUCCCAUUCUUCUCUGCAGAUCCGCUCAAGCUCUGUCAGGUUGGAUGGGGAGCGUUGCUGCACAGCUAUUUUCAGGUCUCUCCAGAGAUGUUUGAUCGGGUUGAAGUCCGGGCUCUGGCUGGGCUACUCAAGGACAUUCAGAGACUUGUCCCGAAACCACUCCUGCAUUGUCUUGGCUGUGUGUUUAGGGUCGUUGUCCCGUUGGAAGGUGAAUCUUCUCCCCAGUCUGAGGUCCUGAGCGCUCUGGAGCAGGUUUUCAUCAAGGAUCUCUCUGUACUUUGCUCCAUUCAUCUUUCCCUCGAUCCUGACUCGUCUCCCAGUCCCUGCCGCUGAAAAACAUCCCCACAGCAUGAUGCUGCCACCACCAUGCUUCACCAUAGGGAUGGUAUUGGCCAGGUGAUGAACGGUGCCUGGUUUCCUCCAGACAUGACGCUUGGCAUUCAGGCCAAAGAGUUCAAUCUUAGUUUCAUCAGACCAGAGAUUCUUGUUUCUCAUGGUCUGAGAGUCCUUUAGGUCCUUUUGGUAAACUCCAAGCGGGCUGUCGUGCCUUUUUAAUGAGUGGCAUCCAUCUGGCCACACUACCAUAAAGGCCUGAUUGGUGGAGUGCUGCAGAGAUGGUUGUCCUUCUGGAAGGUUCUCCCAACUUCACAGAGGAACUCUGGAGCUCUGUCAGAGUGACCAUCAGGUUCUUGGUCACUUCCCUGAUCUCCCCCGAUUGCUCAGUUUGGACGGGCGGCCAGCUCUAGGAAGAGUCUUGGUGGUUCCAAACAUCUUCCAUUUAAGAAUGAUGGAGGACACUGUGUUCUUGGGGACCUUCAAUGCUGCAGACAUUUUUUGGUAACCUUCCCCAGAUCUGUGCGGCGACACAAUCCUGUCUUGGAGCUCUACGGACAAUUCCUUCCACCUCAUGGCUUGGUUUUGGCUCUGACAUGCACUGUCAACUGUGGGAUCUUAUAUAGACAGGUGGUGCCUUUCCAAAUCAUGUCCAAUCAAUUGAAUUUACCACAGGUGGAUUCCAAUCAAGUUGUAGAAACGUCUCAAGGAUGAUCAAUGGAAACAGGAUGCACCUGAGCUCAACUUCGAGUCUCAUAGCAAAGGGUCUGAAUACUUUUAUGUAAAUACGUUUUUUUAUUUUUUAUAAUCUAAAACCUGUUUUCGCUUUGUCAUUAUGGGGUAUUGUGUGUAGAUUGAUGAGAAAAAAGUAAUAAUUUAAUCAAUUUUAGAAUAAGGCUAACGUAACAAAAUGUGGAAAAAGUGAAGGGGUCUGAAUACUUUACGAAUGCACUGUGUAUUAUAACAUCUCUCCCACUCUGUGUCUUCAGGAGCAGCUGAUGAAGCAGCAGCAGCAGUGGCAGCAGCAGCACAGCCAAGCAGCCCAACAGAGCCAGCAGCAGCUCCCGCCUCAGCAGGCCCCCCAGCAGCAGGGCCCUUCUCCGGGGGCCACCGCUCAGACCCAGGGUCCGAAGCAGCAGCAGUCAGGGCCCCUGCAGUACCCUCCACAGGGCUCCAUGGGCCGCGGCCCCCCGCCCUUGCCCAUGAACUUUGACCCACGCUGGAUGAUGAUGCCCUACAUGGACCCCCGGAUGAUGCAGGGGGGCAUGCAGGGUCGACCUCCAGGGCCCAUGGACUACUACCCGCCCAACAUGCAACAUGCAGGUGGGUACUCAUGGUAUUGUGGUUUGAUACAUGAAAUGCUAAGUCAAGGAGUUGGCAUUUUGUCAUAGGGCUGAAUCUGAAUUUGCAGGUCAAUGGCAGAUUUGUGCAAACCAGAUCAAAAAUGUAGGAUUUAGUCCAUAGAGAUUAUGAUAAUGCAAUAAAGUUUAUAUGCUAUAAGACAUUUACAUUACAUUUUAGUCAUUUAGCAGACGCUCUUAUCCAGAGCGACUUACAGUUAGUGAGUGCAUACAUUUUCAUACUGGCCCCCCGUGGGAAACGAACCCACAACCCUGGCGUUGCAAGCGCCAUGCUCUACCAACUACACAGGGCCCAGAAAUGGCACCAGGUUGCCAGCCAAAAUGUUUAUAAUUGAGUAUGACUUUUUUCUAACGUGACACCCAUCUCUUUUGCAGGGAUGAUGGGGAGAGAGCGCUCUGAUUCGGGGGGCUCUGGUUCGGACACCUUCGACAGGCAGCAGCACCCGAGACACCCCCACCGUGGGACACCUCCCAUGGACCCAAAACUGGCCUGGGGGCCCGAGGUGUUCCCCGGGGGCAGCGAAGGCAGGGGACUGAGCUCCCCUCUGAGACCGAAGCAGGCACUGGAAGAGGACGAUGUCAGUGGCAAAGGGCCUAGGUAAGACAGAGGUCAAAUGUCACUCACGAUCAUUUAAAGGUAUACUUUUGACCCUUUAUCUACUUCCCCAGUCUGAUGAAUUCGUGGAUACCAUUUUUAUUUCUCUGCAUGCAGUUCGGAGGAAGUUGCUAGUCAUUGCACUAACGCUAGUUAGCGGUGGCUUGUGAAACUACCUCUAAUUUCCUUAAUACUGGAGACAUAAAAAUGGUCUCAACAAGUUCAUCUGACUCUGUGGAAAUAGAUAAAUGGCGGAUCCCGAAGGAUCCCUUUAAUUGUCAAAUCAUACAAUAUGGUUUGAAUAGGAAAAUAUGUAUUAGUUGAAAUCAUAUGAGAUUAUAAAUAUAUGAAUUCAGUCUGUUUUAUGAGUACAGGAUACGGUUUCCAUAAGUGUUUUAUUAAAUCCCCGAUUUUUAUUUUAGGAGUGACACCCCUCCAGUCCGUGGUAUGCGAGAGGGAGGGCCAGUGCCCAUCCAGCAGCCCAACUCUGGCUCGGGCUCCUCCAACCAGACCCCACCCCCUGUGGGCACUCAGGUGGGGGGCCAGGGAGGAGGCAGCCACCACCCCCACCACCACCAGUCCUACAUGGGCGGCCGGGGAAACUACAGCAACUUCCCCGACCAGGGCUCCCGCAUCGCCUCCCAGCAGCAGCAGCAGCAGAGGGGGAGUGGUGGAGGCUUCAGCCACCAGGAUGAGGGCCAGGGCCACAAGGGUGGCCAGCAACAGGGACAGAUCUGGGGGGUCUCCCACCCCCACUACGACCACAACGGGCGAGCUGACCUCUCCUCCCUGGAGAAUAACAACCUCCACCACCAACAACACCAUGGUCAUCAACAACACCAAGGCCCCUCCCACUUCCCCCUCCACCCCCACAAGCCCGAGAAUGGCCGCGGUGAGAGAGGAAGCGAAGCCCCCAAGAAGGGUGACCCCUCGCCCCCGCUCCAACAGCCGUCCCUCUCCUCUUGCUCAUCCUCCUCCUCGUCAUCCUCGGCCAGGGAGGACGGCAGCGGCAAGGCGGUCUUGCAUCUCCUCCCACCUCAGCGCAAGGCCGAUACAGGAACCGGGCAGAGACAUGAAGCAGGAAGCAGCAGAGAGAUGAAGCAGGAUAAGAUGGGCCCUAGCCACAGCCACUCUCAGUCUUCUGUGACGUCUCAGCAGUCCCAUCCUCAGUCCCAGCAGCAGCCCCAACAGCAGCAGAGGCAGGGCCAGGAGCAGCACCACCACCGUGACCCCAAGCCCAACCAGCGGGAGAAAGGGGGGAGGGAACACAAGACUGAGACCCAGUGGGGGCCACGGCCCGGCAGCAGCAACGCAGGAGGCCCCUCACACAACAGGAGAGCAGUGGGCGGAAACUCCCGCGGAGGGGAGGAUUCAUCCAAGCACCCAACAGCGUCUGACCACAACAAACCCUCCGGUGGCCAAUUGGGUGGCGGCAACACCAACAAGAGGGCAGGGCCUAUCAAGAGGCCUGUGCUGAAGGAAAUGAAGAGAGAGGGAGGCGAGGGAGGAGAAAAGACCAGUGGAGGAGGCUCUGGAAAAGACAAAGAAGAAAGACAAGAUGGAGGCCAUUCAUCAGUCAAGCAGGAAACAUCCUCCGGCCCACAGAGCUCCUCUGCAGUGUCUGGUAAAGAAGAGCCGGCUCAGACCGGUCCCAAACCCAGAAACGGAUGGAAGGACCGAGCGGGGAACGAACGAGGAGGAGGGGGGGGCAAGGGUCACAAAGACUGUGUCAACCCCACCCCCUCAUCAGGGUACUCCGGCCCCCCUUCCAACAGGCGGGACAGAGAGCGCUCGUUCGAGAGGGGCGGGGGCGUAUCCUACCAUGGCGUCUCGGCCCGUGGCAGCAGAGCCAGCAGAGGACGAGGUGGCGAGUUCUACGGACGCGGCCGGGGUUACCGGGGCACUUACACGGGCACGGCCGGGGGUGGCAGCGUUAGCCGUGGCAGGGCAGCAGGCAGCAGGAGCAGCCGGGACUACCGAGCUGGCGGAGGCUACCACCAGGAAUUCAAUGACGAGGCAUCGGGGGGAAGGCGCAGCCGAGGGGGGUCGCAGGCCAACCCGGGGCGCACCCGUAACCACAGCGAGACCCGCAGCGAGGGUUCCGAAUACGAGGAGGUCCCCAAGAGGAGGCGGCAGAGGGGGUCGGAGACGGGCAGCGAGAGUGCCGCCAGCGACCUGGCCCAGUCGGACAAGGAAGACCGCAAGUCCAGCACCAAGAAUGGCAGCGGCACAGAUAACUUUACCAGUGGCGGCUCCGUCCCACCCAGAGGCUCCCAGGCCCGGGUGUUCACCCCCAGAGGCGUACCCUCUAGGAGGGGCAGGGGG